AUGGACACUUUCGACCUCAUCGUCGUCGGCUCUGGGUUCGCCGGCUGUAUGACCGCCCUCAACUUCCUCGAGACGUCCAAGAAGUUAGGUAAAACAGGCCGUGUGGCGCUGAUCGAAGUUGGCAAGCCCGACGAGCGCUGCGGCGCCUCCCGCUGGACAAUGGCGUACCUCCGCUUGGACAAGGACCUCGGCUUCGACUCGGACUGGAAGCACGAGAUGGCGCUGGUCUCGAACGGUCUCGCGGACCAAUCCUACUGCGCGACGCUCGAGCGUGAGGCCCAGAGCACGGCCAAGUACGUGGAGGAGCAUGGUGUGAAAUUCAACCACCACGACGAGGAAAAUGUGCUGCUAGAGUUCAAGACACAGCAACACUUUGUGUUCCCCGAAGGUGGGGGCAAAGCGAUUAUCGACUGUCUGAUGGGGCAUAUCCAGCAGUACAAGAACGCGGAAGUAUUCUGGGAGACAGAGGCAAGGCAUUUGCUGGUGGAUAAGCGGGGCGCGGUGAGGGGGCUGCAGGUACGAAAGAAAGAUGGGCUAUUGUACGAGUUGCAUGCGCCGGAUGUGAUGCUGGCGUGCGGCGGGUUCGAGGGGAACAGGGAGAUGCUGGCGAAGUAUGUGGGGAAGAGGACGCACGAGUUGCCGCUGAUUGCGCCGGGGCUGAAGUACAACCGCGGGGCUGGGCUCAAUAUGGCGCUGGAGGUUGGAGCUGGGACAGCAGGGUCGUUCGAUGGCAUGCACUGCGAGUUGGUGGAUACGCGUGCGACGAAGCCGGAUGCUGUGAUUUGGGGACACAAUUACGGCAUCGUUGUCAACGAGCAGUGCAAGCGGUUCUACGAUGAAGGGAAGAGGCACCUCUUCGCGACCUUCGAGAUGAUUGCGCUGGAACUCUGGCGCGACCAGAACCAGAAGGGCUACUUCAUUACCGACGAGCCCAUCAUGAAGCGUUUUCGACCAGGCUGGGUGUACGACACCACUGACCAAGAGCCGGAGAAGGCGAACACGAUCCGCGAGCUUGCGAGAAAGCUGAAAAUUGAUCCUGAUGCGUUGGAGAAGACGGUAAACGAGUUCAAUGAUGCGUGCAACGACAAGCAGUUCGAUCUGAUGAAGUUGGACGGCAAAGCAACGACUGGACUGAGUCCGAACAAGACCAACUGGGCCAACCCGAUUAACAAUUCCCCAUACUACGGGUAUCCAGUUACAUCGCAUCUGACAUUCACUUAUGGCGGCGUUAAGACGAACAAUGAGGCGCAGGUACUCAGCACGAAUGAUGUUCCUAUUCCUGGACUCUGGGCUGCUGGAGAGCUGACAGGCAUAUUCUAUAACGAAUACCCUCCGGGCACAUCUGUUCUUCGGUCGCUGACUUUUGGGCGACUGGCUGGCACCAAGAUUGCGGAACAGCUGGGCUCGAAGUCGCUGUUGCAGAGUGUGACUAACACAGUGAGAUCGACGUUGUAA